AUGCCCGAAAUCCAUUUCCAUCCUAAGUUUGCGGACCACAGGCCUGAGCAAGAUGGUUACCAUUACGAGAUGGAGAUCUACAACAGAGGGCUCGACUUCGAGCGCCCACCUCUUACUUUUCAACGGAUAGAUGGGAAGAAUUGGCAUGUUCGCGCCUCAGUUCCGAGGCCAAAGGCUACGUAUAUGGCUCGGCAAGUACUCGCGAGACUACGAACAAGAACCGCGCCGCCUACAAGAAGUGGCGAGAAGCUCCAAUUCCCCAUCGCCCUGGCGCCCGUUCGUGUGCUCAAAAUCUUCAAUCUCAGCGGCGAGAUUGCUGCCACAAAAGCCGCUGCCAAGGAAGCAGUGCCUUAUAUUUUCAGCUCUGCUGCAGCUGCCACCAUUGAAGACGUCGCCGAAGCUAUUGGUAAGGAUGGCCAGCGCCGGUAUCAACUCUACUGGCCCUCACGCGAGCACGACGACAUCACUAUCUCCUUGCUCAGCCGCGCAAAGAAGGCCGGCUAUGGCGUGCUCUUCGUGACACUGUAUACAUACAUCAUCGGCUGGCGACCUUCCGACAUGGACAAUGGAUACAACCCGUUCAUGGGUUCAGAUCGCGUUAACGUAGAACCUGGGCUUACAGACCCGGUAUUUCGGAAACAGUUCAAGGAACGUCAUGGAGUCCAGAUCGAGCAAAUGCUGGACACUGCGGCUCUAGAAUGGAUGCAGCACUGGGAUGGACCCAUCAUUCUCAAGGGCAUCCAGACGGUGGGUGAUGCGGUUAAGGCUGUGGAGGCGGGCGUGCAGGUUAUCAUUGUUAGCAACCACGGUGGGCGACAGCAGGACGGCGGCAACAGCAGCCCGGGGAUAUUACCACACAUCAAAGAUGCUGUAGGCGACAAGCUUACUAUCUUCUUCGAUAGCGGGGUGGGUUCUGGUGUGGAUAUUGCGAAGGCGAUGGCACUGGGUGCGGACUGUACACUUAUUGGCCGCCCAUAUGUUUACGGUUUAGCCUUGGGAGGAGAGCAAGGUGUAUCGCAUGUGCUGAAGAGUUUGGUGGGUGAGCUGGAGUUGACAUUGCAUUUGUCGGAGAUCCCAAGCGUGGAUAAGAAGGAUCUUAACCGCAGUGUGUUGGUACAGGAAGAUGAUCUCUUCAACACUGUUAAGGGGAUCGAUAUACAUUAG